AUGGCGACGGAAGGGAAUGAAAAUCCCUACGAAGGCGGAACCGGCGGCAAGUUCCGUAAACGACCCCUCCGCCGGACUCAAACCCCGUACGACCGUCCCCCGACCGCCCUCAGAAACCCUAACAGGAACAACAACGGCUGGCUUUCGAAGCUGGUUGAUCCCGCCCACAGACUCAUCACUCAUGGCGCACACUCUCUCUUUUCGUCUCUUCUCCGAAGGCGUCUUCCCCCUCCUCCUCCCACUCCCAUUUCAUCAGAGAUGGAACAAGAAAUGAGGCAGGACAGUCUUCAAGAAGAAGCUAGACAGGUUGCAAAAGAAUCUCCUAGCAAUCAACAAGGAGCAGUUGGUGAAAGUAAUGUUCAAAUUAAUUGUUCUGACUCAGAUCAAAGUGGAUUAACGGAACUUGAGAAACUGUUAAAGCAGAAGACUUUCACCAGGUCUGAGAUUGAUCAUUUGACAGCCCUUAUGCAGUCAAGGACUGUAGAUGCACCUAUUAGGGGAGAAGAGAAGAGUCCAGAAGCGAUUCCCUCAGAACCCAUGUUACCUUCUGGACAAAAGGAAGAAUAUCCCAAAACACCCAGUGUAGAAAAUGGGAUUGAAAACAGUCUUGUAUUAUCUCGACAUGUCACUCCGAGUGUUCCUAUUGAGGAUGUUGCUUCACCUGCAGAGCUUGCAAAAGCUUACAUGGGGAACCGGCAUUCCAAUGUAUCCUCAGCAACGCUGGGUAUGCGAUAUCAUGCUCGCGAGGAAGAUUCAACUCUUCUAAAAAGUGAAAAUUUUCCAUAUAAGUCGCCUAUUAUGUCGAUUGUGCCAAGGGCUACUAGACAUACUGCAGCUCAUGAAAAUGGUUUUGUGACUCCAAGAUCUCGUGGCAGAUCUGCAAUAUAUGGUAUGGCACGUACGCCGUAUGCCAGAAUUUAUCCAACCUCUACUCUCAAGGGUGGUGGGCGUGCUGUUCAAGAUGAGCCUUCAUCUUCAACUCUGUCUGCAAUAGAUCAUGGCAUGCUUUCGGGAUCUACACAAGGGGGGAUAAAGAAUCGAAAUUUAGCAGUGGAUAAUAAUAUAGGAUCUAUUGGUCCUAUACGCCGGGUUCGUCAUAAGUCUAAUCUUCUUUAUUCUAAAGGCUCCAGCUCACCUCUAUCUGGCAGUGCUUUAUCUGUCUAUAGAAACGGAUUGGGCAUUGAUGCUGCUCAGCAACCCUCAUCUUCCUCGCGCAAGCCUGUUAUGCUAGAUGAAGUUAAGCACAAGUCUGAAGAAAAUGUUAACGGAACUAAACCCAGUACAAGCUUUCCCCCCUUUUCUUCAAAAUCCAGUGAAAUGGCUACAAAAAUAUUGCAGCAACUUGAUAAGUUAGUUUCCCCCAAAGAAAAAUCACCCGAAUCAAGGCUACCAGUUGUACAAGGUAAUAAAUUGGAUGGCACAUUUGGAAAUUUGUCUCCCAGUUUCCAGAAUCAGAAGUCAAUUUCACCUAGAGAUAAGGGUGAAAAUGGUCCAUUGAAGCUUGUUGCUCCUUCCAAUGAAGUCGUUCCUGCUGUAACCACUACAGAUACCACAAAGCCAAGGAAUCAAGUCUUGUCUAGUGAAAAUUCUUUGAUGAUGAAAUCAAUUUCUUACCCUACUCAAAAGAAGAGGGCAUUCCACAUGAGUGCACAUGAGAAUUCUCUGGACCUGGAUGAUAAUGCUUAUGGAGCCGUCUCUUUUUCUCCUGCGGAGAAAGAAUCAAGAAGCUCCAUGGCUAUGGUAGAUAAAAUUUCUCCUGGUUCUGAUGUCAUUGCACAUGAAAGUCCUUCAACGUUGUCAAAGGUAUUGCCAUCCACAAGUUUUACUAAAGUUGGUGAAGGGCCUAAGGCUGACGAGAAGUUUGAGGUGCCACCUAUCUCUGAUCCAAACAAUAAUGCGGCUACAGUUGCAACUACAGCAGUUACAGUAACAACUUUUGGUUCUGAAAAGACUGCUUUACCAAAUGGGUCAACUUCUAAUCCUUCUUUGUUUAAUUUUGCAAAUAAGAUUAUUUCCCCAACAGAGAUAUCAACUUCUGUUACUUCAUCAAAAGAGACAGGCAAAUCUGCUCCGGUAUUUGGUUUGGAGAAGGUUGUUCCCUCAAAGGAGGGUGGUCCUGAUGCUCCACCCGUGAACUUUGACACCAAUCAAAAUGUUUUCAAAGUUCCCCCAAUGCCGUUUACUACUUCAUCCUUAGUUGGUGGUGAAUCUUCUCUGAAAUUUGGUGCUUCUUUUAACUCUCAGUCGGGAGGCUCAAUCAGCUUCACUACUGUUGCCGGUUCGACUGAUUCUGUGCAAAAAGUCUUUGAAUCUGAUGGUGGUGAUGCUAAGACUAAUACAAAUACUGGAUUUUCUGUUGGGGCAUCAGAACUAACGGUUUCAUCUGCAGCAUCGGCAUCAUUGUCAACACCACCAAACAGUAUAUUCAAAUUUGGCCAUAGUUCAAAUCAAAAUAAUGGGUCCCUUGCUUCAGGCCCUUCAUUCUCUUCGUCCUUUCCGUCUCUUGUAUCAAAUAACUUUAGCAACAGUAGCUCAUCCCUUUCAGCAGUCGGUGGCAUUAAUGCUACUGCUGCUUCCUCUGGAGUUAGCAUGGCAACUUCCUCCACCCCAGUGAUGGCAACUUCAUCUUCAACAACUUCCUUUUUCAAAUUUGGUUCCUCUCCUGUCACAUCAUCAGGUUUAUCUGUAUCAUCUUCUGUCUCAAAACCACCGGAAACUAAGAGCCAGCAAGAUGCAGGAAUUGGUAAUUUUAGCAGUACUGCAUUUGGUAGUUCAUCUGCUGCAGGUGGAAGCACAGGGAGUACCAUUUUCGGGUUCAGCUCUUCAGCAAUAACAACUGAAAAGAGCCAGUCUCAGUCUCCUUUUGGUGCUGGUAGUGGUUCUAUGUUUGGGGCUCAUGCUUCUCCUUCUGCUGGUGGAUUUGCGACUUCUAAUCAGACCCAGUCAGUUCAAUCACCUGCAUCACCAUUGUUUGGUUUGACUGGUAAAACCGAUUUUUCUUCGGGGAGUUCUUUUUUUCCUUCUUUGAGUUCUGCCCCAAAUGUUUCUUUUUCUUCUGGGAGUUCGAUGUUUCCUUCAAGUUCUACAACAAAUAUUUUCAACUCGAGUACAACUUUUGGACUGGGCACAUCUGCUUCCUCUUCGGCAGUCAACACUAUUAGCUCUAAUAGUGGUACAAACUCUACCUUAUUUGGGGCUUCUAGUUGGCAGCCCAGCAAGUCUCCGUUUGGUUCAACAUUUAGUUCAUCACCUUCGUCCGGGUUUUCCUUUGGAACGCCCAGUGCGUCUGUUGCUUCCACCACCAGUUCUCCCACAAUGUUUGCAUCAACCACCGGUGCAUCAGCUCCUCAGUUCUCAUUCACUUCCGCUACUGCCUCGACCUCCUCACAACCCGCUUUUGGCAGCCCUAACCCUGCCUUUGCUUUUGGUUCAGCUCCAGUUAAUAAUGAUAGUAUGGACAGUAUGGCUGAGGACAGUGUUCAAGCGAUUAGCCCUAUGUUUUAUCAACAACCUGCUCCAGUUCAAUCAAAUUUUGUAUUUGGAGCAUCCACUCUUUCAGGAGCCAGUCCUUUCCAGUUUGCUAGUCAACAGAACGUUGCUCCACAGAACUCUUCUCCAUUUCAGGCUACUGGCAGUCUGGAAUUUAAUGCAGGAGGAGGAAGUUUUUCAUUGGGCUCAGGUGGUGGUGACAAGUCUGGUCGAAAAAUUAUUAAAGUUAAACAUAGAAACCGUAAGAAGUAA